UACAGCCAAAAAUCAUCCUUGUCCUAUGACUUGCGAGGAAGGCGGGCUCAUUCGUACAUGAGUCAACUUCCGGUGUCAUGCUUGUUAGUAAUCUGUUUUGGAAGUGAAGACAACUGUCUGCAAGCAUGUUUUCUUCAGGACCAAACUACGGCAAACUAAAGACGAACCUGCGACUGACAGUGAACAGACUGAAGCUAUUAGAGCGCAAAAAGACGGAACUCGCUCAAAAAGCUCGCAAGGAGAUCGCCGAUUACCUGGCCAGCGGUAAGCCCGAACGCGCUAAAAUACGCGUAGAACAUAUCAUACGGGAAGACUACCUGGUCGAAGCCAUGGAACUGGUCGAAAUGUACUGCGAUCUGCUACUGGCCCGCUUUGGGCUCGUCCAACAAAUGAAAACCCUCGACGAAGGCUUGGCAGAGGCCGUGUCGAGUCUGAUAUGGGUAGCUCCCAGACUCCAAGCUGAUGUUGCCGAGCUGAAGGUUGUGGCAGAACAGCUGACACUGAAGUACGGCAAGCCCUACUCGCAAGCAGCCCGUGACAACGGCUUGCAGUCUGUCAACGAAAAACUCAUACAUAAAUUGAGUGUCCAAGCUCCGCCCAAGAUGCUGGUGGAGAAAUACCUAAUUGAGAUCGCUAAAAGUCACGACGUGCCGUACGAAGGCGAUCCAGAAGUCCUGCGGCAGGAACCCGAGGUUGCGGAGGACGCCCUGAUCGACUUCAACAACGGCCUGGUGCGACCGCCAGGGUUUGUGGUGCAGACAUUCGGGGACGGGACGUACCCACCUUCAUCUGCCCCGUACCCGCCAUCGUCGUCACCCUACCCACUUCCCAUUUCGGGAUCUUUUCCAGGGGCCACCGCACCCCAUCCCCCACAGGCACCUUACACCCCACCGGAGAAGCCUCCGCUCCCAACUGUUCCCCCUUCGGACCCGUUCCCAGCAGUGAACCCUCACACCAUCGGUUUUGCGAACGACGGACCCCCAGCCUACAACGAUCUUCCAAACCUUCCCUCUGUGCCGCAGCUGCCUUCCGUGCCCGCAGGGAGCCUGCCUAAAUCUUCAAAGGAAGACGACAUUGACUUUGAUGAUUUGACGCGUCGUUUUGAGGAACUCAAGAAGAGGAAGUGAGGGUCGAUGUUGGUGGCAUGUCUCGGAGCGGCAACAAUGUACGCGUUAGUCGCAGACCUAACUAUCCAUUUGUUAAUGUGAAAACAUGUUGGCCAUAUUGCCAUAUUGGGCUUUUCCUCGCCUUGUUUUGAUGGCCUUAGUUUAUCCUGGGGAUGCCACGGAACAAGUGAUCUUUAGAGCAAAAAAAUUGUACAGUUACUUCACCAAUACAUGUGACCACUCUGGGCCAAUGAGUGUGCUCGGUGGCAUCCUCGAUGCACUACUUAAUCGAAGGCCUUCUGCUGAUGUUGCUUUAUUACUGUGUAAAGUUUGAAUGUUGUAGAGUUUUAACACAAAUAUUUUGGUGCGAGGCUAUAUCUUGAUUUUGUGUUGUACAGAUCUUUGCGGAUAUAUUAAAGAACUACGUACAUAUUCCAA